UGUCAGCACUGGACUGAGGAGGAGGCAUCGCCGCGCCGGACCCGAGUUUCUUUAAUUUUUAUGGAUUGGACUUUGAGCCAUUAGAACCAUGAGCAACUACAGUGUGUCCUUGGUUGGCCCAGCUCCGUGGGGUUUCCGGCUGCAAGGUGGCAAGGAUUUCAACAUGCCUCUCACGAUCUCUAGCCUAAAAGAUGGCGGCAAAGCAUCCCAGGCAAACGUAAGAAUAGGUGAUGUGGUUCUCAGCAUUGAUGGAAUAAGUGCGCAUGGAAUGACUCAUCUUGAAGCCCAGAACAAGAUUAAGGGUUGUACAGGCUCUUUGAAUAUGACUCUGCAAAGAGCCUCUGCUACACCCAAGCCUGAGCCGGUUCCCGUUCAAAAGGGAGAACCUAAAGAAGUAGUUAAACCUGUGCCCAUUCCAUCUCCUGCUGUGUCCAAAGUCACUUCCACAACCAACAUGGCCUACAAUAAGGCACCACGGCCCUUUGGUUCUGUGUCUUCACCAAAAGUCACAUCCAUCCCAUCACCAUCGUCUACCUUCACCCCAGCCCACGCGACCACUUCAUCACAUGCUUCCCCUCCACCUGUGGCCGCUGUCACUCCUCCCCCAUUCACUACAUCUGGACCACAUGCUAAUGCCAGUCUUAGUGCUGACCAGCGGUCAUCUGCACUGAGCGCUGGUAAACCUGCAGUUAAUGUCCCACGGCAGCCCACAGUCACCAGCGUGUGUGCCGAGACUGCCCAGGAGCUAGCGGAGGGACAGAGAAGAGGAUCCCAGGGUGACAGUAAACAGCAAAAUGGCCCGCCAAGAAAACACAUUAUGGAUCGUUAUACAGAGUUUUAUCACAUACCGACUCACAGUGAUGCCAGCAAGAAGAGGCUGAUUGAGGAUACUGAAGACUGGCGUCCAAGGACUGGAACCACUCAGUCUCGCUCUUUCCGAAUCCUCGCCCAGAUCACUGGGACUGAACAUCUGAAAGAAUCUGAAACUGAUAACACAAAGAAGGCAAACACCCAGGAGCCUUCCCAGCAGGCGGCCCCCUCGGCAGCUGCGGCUCGGAGCACACCAGAGAGGCCAGAAAGCCCAGGCUCGGCCAGACCAGGGGUGGCCGGGCUCACCACUGCUGCCGCCUUCAAGCCUCUAGGGUCCACCAGCAGCAUCAAGUCACCAGACUGGCAACGGCCCAGCCAAGCAGCACCUUCCACCGGAAGAGCUGCAAGCUGUGGGACGUCCACAGGAGUGGUGGCAUCAGCCAGUUCAGCUGGAAGGCAGCCCCAGCCCAGUGAUGAGGACACUUUGGUGCAAAGGGCCGAGCACAUUCCCGCAGGGAAACGAACUCCGAUGUGCACCCACUGCAACCAGGUCAUCAGAGGACCAUUCCUAGUGGCACUGGGGAAAUCUUGGCACCCGGAAGAAUUUAACUGUGCUCACUGCAAAAAUACGAUGGCCUACAUUGGAUUUGUAGAGGAACAGGGAGCCCUGUAUUGUGAGCUCUGCUACGAGAAAUUCUUUGCUCCUGAAUGUGGUCGAUGCCAAAGGAAGAUCCUUGGAGAGGUCAUCAAUGCUUUGAAACAAACUUGGCAUGUUUCCUGUUUUGUGUGUGUGGCCUGUGGAAAACCUAUUUGUAAUAAUGUUUUUCACUUGGAGGAUGGUGAGCCCUACUGUGAGACUGAUUAUUAUGCCCUCUUUGGUACUAUGUGCCAUGGAUGUGAAUUUCCCAUAGAAGCUGGUGACAUGUUCCUGGAAGCUCUGGGCUACACCUGGCAUGACACUUGUUUUGUAUGCUCAGUAUGUUGUGAAAGUCUGGAAGGUCAGACCUUUUUCUUCAAGAAGGACAAGCCACUUUGCAAGAAACAUGCUCAUUCUGUGAAUUUUUGAAAGUCAACAGUCCAGGGGAAGAGAAGAAAUUUGAAGAGAAAGAUGAGAAUUUAAAUCACCAAUUAAUUUUUAGAUGUAAUAUUUAUAUGGAGUUUUGAAAAAUAAUAGUGGCCCUGAAGGGAUAAAUACCAAGCUUUGAAAACCAAGUCUAUGAGGAAAUAUUUGGCUUCAUAAAGUAAAGAGACAGUUUGGCGUUUAUUAUUACUUUUUUCCUGCAUUUUCUGCCCAUAAAAUAACUUUUAUAAAAACCAAUUUCCUGGUUGACUAUUAAAUUCAUCUUAGAAUAAAUUAGUGAAGAAUUACAUUUUAAAAUAAAAACCUUCAACCUCUAUGCUGAAAUACUUAUACCUUCUUUCCUUAUUAGGUAGUUGUAAAUCUAUAAAAGGCAAUGAAAAUGCCUUACACUUAAUCAGCAAGUGAAACAUUGUGUUUUUUUUUUUAAUUAGUGUUUAAUCUUUAAAACAGUAAAUAGGAGUUUAAACAGAGAAUUUUAUCAGUAGUAGGUGUCAGGUUUUUUAACUGCACUUUUUUUUUUUGUCUUUACAGUUGAUCGUUCCAGUAGGAAAGGCCAAUGAGAUUUUGAUCAAAAUGUGUCAUGCCAAAAAGAGAUGUUAUAUUUUUCUCCACCCCAAAAAGCUACCAUUAUAGCUUAUAAACUUCAGAUUUUUGCCUUGUAUUAAAAUAUGACCAUUUCUAUUCAUUGUAUAUGUUUCACCACCUAUACUCAUCAAACUUUUUUUCCCCUUCCUU